GAGACAUUGCUUUUUCUCCUUGCUCUAUCGGUCGACUCACGUCGCGAUCCUUCUAAACCACCUGCGUCCUGUGGAUACGAUCCUGCGACCUACUGCAGUCUAACUGGCAUCGCGCGUCUUGUCAGUUAUGCGCAUUAGCUAGGCUACUUGCCCGCACUCACCAUGGACCGACAUCGCCAGCGACGGAGCACCGUCUCGGUGCAAUCAACCACCCCUUCUUCCCUGCGACAUUGUUCGUUUCCCUCCUCAGCCACCUCGCCUCCGACCGAUACCGCGUCCGUCAAAACCGAUCCAAAGCUGAAGCGACGGUCUGCUCCUCCCAAGCCUCUUGCCCUUGCACGGGUCAAGGGAACGAUCGCCAUGGACUCCUCUCCGUCGCAAAUAAGUUCAGAAAUGUCGUGGUUCAACGACGCAUCGCCAAUGUCAACUACGCCGAGAACCGCAACCCCAAGAACACCCCAACGAUCCAGAGCCGGUACGCACAUGUCACUACCCGAGAUACACACAAGGGAGGGAGCGCAGACGCUGACUAGUGCUGGACAAACAGGUACCCCAGAGCCUGUUCCUCCAUCGCUUGUCAACCCUUCUUCCGCCCUCCUCCAAGAUCUGUUGAACGAACAACGCGCACAUCGAGGCCCCAAGGGGGCUGCAUCGGAAGACCUUGGCCACGGCGCCCCGCGCACGCCGGAACGAUCUCACUCCCGGCCCCAGUCCCGAUCUCAAUCGCCGGCGCAGACCCAGUCGCAAUCCCGAUCGCAGUCCCAGGAAGAAGCGGGGUCGGAGAAACAGCGUAAAAUCCAGACCGCGCUUUCUUCGGGUCUCCGACAACCGCAUGAAAUGGGUGUCAGGGAAAUGGGAGAAUACGUCUCCAAAAUUAAUAAGCAAAACUUCGACCUGAAACUCGAGAUCUUCCAUCGUGUACAGCAAAUGGCUGCCCUGGAGAAAAAGGUACAGUGCAUGGAGAGCAUGGAAGAAGAGCUGCAACGUCUGCGAGGCCUGGAAGACGAAGUUCAGGAGCUUAGAGAUGCCGAAGCGGACAACCAGCGACUAAGGGAGUCCAACGAGCAACUACGACAGGAAAUCGACAGGCGUGACCAAGCAAUUACAGAGGCGGUCGGCAUGAUUUGUCUCUUGGAAAAUAAAGUGGCACAGCUGCAAGCCGGCGCGGAUACGUCGAGACCCUCUACGGCUCGCGCAUAUGAAGACGAUGAUCCCGGUGCCACGACCCCUAGGCAAACCACCACAAUUGACAUCCCGGAGAGGACGUCCUCGAAGCGAGGUACCUUGGUUCCCAAGCAUCGGCGGACAUCCUCAGAGUCACGUUAUCUCCAACGCGCACCCUCGUUUCUGUCCGAUGAGACCAAGAGCACCACAGCACUGCCAGAUGUCUCUACCACGGAUGACCAGUCGCGUUCAGCGUUCAGUGAAACCACAAAAUCGGAAAGUUUCCAGUCCAUGAGCGAAUUCCAGGAACCGGAAUCUCCAAGGCUCAGUGCUCUGAGUGAAUGCAGUGAAUUGUAUCCGCCUGACCCGGCAGACGACCAGUUAGAGAUUCCGGUGAAACAUGACUCAAUUGAGGCCACAGAGCCAGCUGAGGUAUCCGCUGAGGAGGCCGUGAAUCAAAGCCGGAUUGAAUCUUGGAUUCAGCCGCAACGUGGUACCUUUCUCGGUGAUGUUCCGAAGCAAAAUAUUGUCCCCAACCUCCUUAAGACAGACAACCCAAGCUUUGAGAGUGAGUCAUACAAUGGCUCUAGUCAGAGAACACGCGUGGAUAGCGUGUUCGGUAGCACGAGAUUGCCGCCCACCCCCGACACCAUGAGCACCGCAUACGCAAAUGGCCCGAAUCGAUCGAAUGGCAGUAUCGUCGCAGAAAAGAGCCUUGUUGACCACGCUUUGCCUAUGAAAAACAGACUCGGCCGUCCGCGCUCUGCAAGUGCGCUCACAACGAGGCAAAGCCCCGGUAACAGUGCAGCAGUGGAUAGCGUGGAGAUGAACGUGAGCAACGUCACACUUACUCGAUUGACCGAUGGAGGAGACGAAUCGCCUGCGAUCUUUCCUUUGAAUAGUAUUACGAGAGACGGGGGAGUGUACUUCCCGGAGUCCCUCGAUAAGACGAACCUUAGUUACUAUGAUCGGGAUGCGUUUCUCGAUGGCGAGGGCCUUGGGAGGGUGCUUUCAAAACUCGACAACAACAACUACUACGGUUCGACGCGGCGCCCUGGUUCUGUGCCAGAGGACUCUGAAAGUUCAUUGUCUUCAUCACCCCCUCUGACUCCUCAAGAUUGGAUUGAGGCCGCCAAAUCGGAUUCCCACCGCAGACGGGAACCGGGUCUGGUGCACACUGCCCCCAAACCGGCAAAUCCCCGGCCCCUGGGUGCACGGGUCCCCAGCCAGUCUUCUUUCCUUGGUCGUCGGCACAGCAUGGAUUCCCACGUCAGGGACUCGGAUGUUUCCAUGAUACCCACGCUUGACUUGCAGUCGCUAGACUCUGGUCCACAGCCUGAGCCUGAUCUGGAUCGUCGGAUGAUUGGGCGAAGGAUUAGCCUCCGGCCCCCUUUCUUUGCACGCUCAGCACCCCCUCGUCGCCUCCAGCCAUCCCUGAUGUCGGACCCCACGGAUUCAGACGAUGGAGCUCCUGCCCCUAUAGUUCGCAAAGCACGGGACGAGGCUCCUGCUAAGUUGACCAAGACGAGCAAGGCCGAAACUCGUGGCUCUAGUUUCUCUGUCUCGGCUCCAAUUCAUACCAUCGCCAAGGCCGACGACAUCCACAGAACGCUUCCACAUUCCUUUACCGAAAGUUUCAUGAGCAGUGCCAUGUCCAGGCCGCCGACGUCGGGCAGCAAGGAGCACAAGAGACGCAGCUCACUUGGGAUUUUCGGCUGGAUGAAGGGAGCUAGCGGUCUCGGGAAGAAACACGAGCCCGAGUCUCCUGCAAAGACUAGCAUGGCUACUGGCGCGUUGGUCAGGAGCAAAGCCAGCCGACUGGCAGAUGCCCGGGACUUUUCUGAGCCUCCUCGAACGAUCGACAUGGGCGCGGCGAAUCCUGUCAUGGACGAUUUUGCUCCAAAAGGCAGACAUGCAGCCCGGGAUGAUGACGAUUCUGUCCGACGACCCAGGUAUAUGGACCGACGGUCUCGUCGUGGCUGAGCGGGCCACGAUUACUUUCUCUAUUUCCUUUGUAUCAUCUUUCCUUGCUCACUCUUUUCCUGGACCGUUAUGACCUCACGAUACCCUAUGAGUUACAUGUCUGCAGAUGGCACGGAUUGUACCAGUAUUGGUGGCUGCUACCCUUUGUUGCUUGCUAUACCCAUGGUAUCUGGCUGGCACUGAUAUCAUAUUAUGCUUGUUGUGACGAUUACGCGAAUUACCUACAUUUAUGAUUAUUAAAUGAAUCCCUAUGGUUAAGAACUAAUUCAGUACAAAUCAGAAUGUUAC